CUCAACGACUCAAUUAUAGUAGCGAGCUGUAGGCGCAGCAGCAGUGAUUUGUGAAGCGAAAAAGAGAGCACUUGGGAAGCUUAACCAAAUCAUUUCAUAGCAAAAUAACAAGAAGUCUGUACUGUGACAGAGUCCCUACAACACAAUAAACACACAACCAUCCUUCCUUCAUUAGCGUAUGCAAUGUAAACUCCGACGUUCCUCUUGGCUCUUGCUUAGGCCACCACAGUCCCUACAAGCCUCCGGCUCAGUUUUUAUUUUUUUAUCUGCCACUCCACCUCCUGUUCUCCCCCAUCUCUCACCCCUUCAAACCCCUUAAGGAAGCCUUCCUCUCCAUCCCUUUCCCCUCUCCCUCAUUCUUCACAAACUUUGUACUAUCUCUCUCUCUCUCUCUCUCUCUCUGUGUGUGUGCGCGUCUCCUCCGAAAAAAUAUUUCUGUACCUUAUAUUUCAAUAGUAAAACAAGAAACAAGCAGCAUGAAGGCCAUACUGUUUGAAACCCCACCCAAAGAAAAGGCAGGCCGAUGGGGUGGAGGAGAGUUGCAUGAAGAUAGAGCUAAGGAAACAGCCAGUGGCUUGCAGAACCACCUUGAGCUGAGGCUUGGCAUCUCCUUAAACAACGGCUCGGACGACACGGUAGCUACCCCCACCAGCGAUGGACGAUCUCGUGGAGGGAGCAGACCGAGUUUCUUCACCACACCGGAUGGGCUACAUCUCCAGGCGGCCGAGACAUGGCUUCCUCAAAGCCGUACUGGAUUCAUUCACCCAUGGAGUCUUGCUGCCCGGCAACAGAAGGCCGUCCUCGAGCAAGCUCACCACAAUCCCAAUCCUCCUCCUCCUCCUCCUUCUUCUACCAUACCAAGAACCACGCAUCAACAAUCUUUUUCACCAGUCGUGGGCUGGCCUCCAAUUUGUGCUUUCCGGAAGAAUUUAGUAGAUCCACAAUCAUUGAAAUCUGAGAUGGAUGAGGAAAAGGAUGCGAAAAGAGUAAAGCUGGUAGAGGCGGAAGCCAUAAUCAAAGAGCUUGAGGUAAAACCUACAAUGUUUGUGAAAGUAAAUAUGGAAGGAUGCUUUGUUGGAAGGAAGAUUGACUUGAAGGCUCAUGAUAGCUAUAAAUCGCUCUUUCAUGCCCUCAAAAAAAUGUUCGACAACUUUCUCUCAAUUAAUGACUCAAACAACUCUAAUGAGGAAGAACAAGAUGAAGUGGCUUCUUCCGACUUCAUUCUUAUUUAUGAAGAUCAUGAAGGUGAUAGAAUGCUUGUGGGAGAUGUGCCAUGGAAGUUAUUUCUCGCUUCAGUAAAAAGGCUAUAUAUUGGCCAUAAUCCUAAUGCACCAAAUAAAGUUAAUGGAGAAGUACCUGGAGAUCAAAACUAAGCAAGUAAUCAAUAAAGCAAAAUGAUGAGAGAAAAGAGGCAAUAUGUUGUAAUCAAUUUACUCUUUACAUUUUGUUACAUGUUGUGCUUUAUCUUUAAUUUGUUGUGAGUGAGGGUUUAAUAAUGUAAUUCAAUCAUUUCGUCAUGCUUAUCUAGUAUUGGGACUUGUAUCAUGUAUGCCUUAGUUAAUCAAAUCAAAAUUCAAGAUAUAUGAUAAUUGGACUCGAUGUCA